CUUGGCUGACUUCACCCAGAACUGCCAAGUGGCCCAAGACAGAAGCAGCCAGCGACACGAGGAGUCAGACGCGGACGCCACCGCCUCACAAAACACAAGGCAUUUCAAGACUCAUCUUUUGAUGACAAGAACCCUGGAAGUCAUGACUGCUUCACGACUUCUCCCUGCUCUCACUCUUGUGCUUCUCCUGCUUAAAGGGAGCAGAGCCUGGUCUUACAACACCUCCACAGAAAUCAUGACUUUCGACGAAGCUAGUGCGUAUUGCCAGCAACGGUACACGCAUCUGGUCGCGAUUCAAAACCAGGAAGAGAUUCAGUACCUGAACUCCAUCUUGAGCUACUCGCCAACUUACUACUGGAUCGGAAUCAGAAAGGUCAACAAUACAUGGACCUGGAUAGGGACCCAGAAGCCUCUGACCGAAGAAGCCAAGAACUGGGCUCCUGGUGAACCGAACAAUAAGCAAAGCAAUGAGGACUGUGUGGAGAUCUACAUCAAGAGAGACAAGGACGCGGGCAAGUGGAAUGACGAGAGAUGUAGCAAAAAGAAGCUUGCCUUGUGCUACACAGCUGCCUGUACCCCCACAUCCUGCAGUGGCCACGGCGAGUGUGUGGAGACCGUCAACAACUACACGUGCGAGUGCUACCCUGGCUUCAAGGGACUCAGGUGCGAGCAAGCGGUGACCUGUCAAGCGCGGGAAGCCCCCGAGCACGGAAGCCUGGUUUGCACCCACCCUCUGGGGACCUUCAGCUACAAUUCUUUUUGCUCUGUCAGCUGCGAAAAGGGCUACCUCCCAAGCAGCACAGAGGCCACGCGGUGCACGUCCACGGGAGAAUGGAGCGCCCCCGCUCCUGCCUGCAAUGUGGUCGAGUGCGAUGCUCUGACAAAUCCUGCCAACGGAGUCAUGGACUGUUCCCAAAGCUCUGGAAACUUCCCAUGGAACACGACUUGUGCCUUUGAGUGUGAAGCAGGAUUUGAGCUAAUGGGAUCCCAGCGCCUCCAGUGUACCUCAUCCGGGAAAUGGGACGACGAGAAGCCAACGUGUAAAGCUUUUCAGUGCAAAGCCUUGUCCCGCCCAGAGAGAGGCUACGUGAGUUGUCUUCCUGCUGCUUCUGGAAGUUUCCAAAAGGGGUCCAGCUGUGAGUUCUUCUGCGAACAGGGAUUUGUCUUGAAGGGAUCCAAAAAGCUCCAGUGUGGCCCUACAGGCGAAUGGGACAGUGAGGAGCCCACGUGUGAAGCUGUGAAGUGCGAUGCCGUCCGGCAGCCCCAGCGUGGCUCUAUGACAUGUACCCAUUCCCCCGCUGGAGAGUUCACCUACAAGUCCUCCUGCGCCUUCAGCUGUGAGGAAGGCUUCAAAUUGCGUGGGUCGGCUCAAGUCGAGUGCACAUCUCAGGGCCAGUGGACGCAGGAAGUCCCCUCCUGCCAAGCCGUACGAUGUUCGGGACUGGCAGCGUCGGGAAAAAUGAACGUGAGCUGUGACGGGGAGCCCGCGUUUGGCGCUGUGUGUGCGUUUGCGUGUCCUGAGGGGUGGACCCUCAACGGCUCCGCAGCUCUGACGUGCGAUGCCACGGGACACUGGUCCGGGACGCCGCCUACCUGCGAAGCUCCCACUGAGUCCAGCAUUCCCUUGGCUGUUGGACUCACCGCCGCUGGGACCUCCCUCAUGACGGUAGCAUCAUUUGUCCUCUGGCUUCUGAAACGCCUGCGGAAGAGAGCAAGGAAAUUUGUUCCUGCCAGCAGCUGCCAAAGCCUCCAAUCAGAUGGAUCCUACCAGAUGCCUUCUGAGUCCCUUUAAGUCCAAAGGAAUCAGGAACACAGUUUCCUCCAGGGAACUAGAGCAAUACCCUGAAGAUGGCAAGGACAGAGAGCCCUCUCUGGUCUCUGGCCCUCCUCACCUCCCACACCCGCUGCCUUUAAGCUGGGAGCGAGGCACCCAUGAGGACUUCACCCAUCCAAACUCCAGUGAGCAAGGCCAGUCUGCCAUCAGCGAGUUAGCCUUCUCUUCGCUGUUCUCUGUGUCUGGAAAGUACCGGCUGAUGGAGGGAAAGCAUAUUCUCUUCCAGGCAAAUGUGAAGGGACCCAGGCUCCACGAUCUCAAGAAUUCCUGUUCUAUCUCUCCGCCCCGCUCACUGUGAGAUCUCAGUGGAGAACCACAGGAUUUUGUGGCCUUGCUUCUUUCUUUUGCCCCUCACGGUGUCUCUGCUGAUUACACGGUUGCUGUCAUGGGGCUGAAAUAUUGUCAAGAGUUUAGGGGAAACCGCUUGGCCAAAGAUAUUCUAUCACCAACGUGAAAAAAAAUGACAGUUUUGUAAUGCACCCAGGCGAGUGCAUGGGGAAAUCCUACUUAAUGCUCUGUGCGAGGAUGACUAAAGCACAGUCUUAAUCACUUUUCUCCCUGUGGGAUUCACUGCUUUUUAAAGUGCCGUAAGAGAUUGUGCUCUCUUUAUUUGCAUUGACGACAGGACAAUCUUCCCUAAUUCUUAAUUCAGUGUAUGUGUUGUAGAGACUCUAAAAUAUGUACACAUUAGGACUGCAAUAGGGUAGAAGUGACUUAUCCGAGAUCUUUGUUCAGUCACAGUUUCUAACGUUCCAUCUGUAGUAAAUUUAUUUCAAAAAAGGGCAAAUACUGUUUAUAAUGUUAACCAGGGUAAAGUUCUAAAUUUUUUGUUCCCGUUGCUUUUCAAAACAUUAGUAUCAGCACAGUAGAAUCUGAAUGGCACGCACUUAUACACUGUCAGCUCUUUUUCCAGAGGUAGGUGGUUUUCCAUGAUGAAAAGGUUCCACGGGGCCAAAUGUUCUGAUUUGCUAAAAGCAGAAAUGCAGACAGACGAAGGUACAACUCUUUGAAUGUCUCUGUUGACAAAAACAUGUAGUCAUACGGAUGUGCUUUAGCGUUUCUCCAAAGACGUUUGUCAGGGGUGACGGGUCCACAUAUAAUUCUCAUAUAUUACAUUAGAUUUUAAAUCCAUGUUAGGGACUCACCUUGUAAAAGAUUUGUCUGGUGGGUUUUUUGAAAAGUGGAGACUUUUAAUAUUUAUUCCCUAAUUGUGUUAUUCUGUUUGUUAGAGUGUUCGUGAAGAGAGGAAAGUCAGUAUGAAUGAGCAUAUGUAUUUAUUUAUCAGGGAGUUUAAAAUUCCUCAGGGAUCCCCACUGAUCGUUGGCAGUGAGAAAUUCUUGGCCAGUCCAUUGCCCAAGCUUCUCGCUCCGUCUUGCAAGUUACGUGAGAAUCAAAACUCUCCCACACGUACAUUCACUUAGCAUGUGUUGAAAAUCAAAGUUUCUGACAAAUGCGGGCUGCGUGUUGGUAAAGGCAAAGCCAUAAGUAACCAGGGAGGUAUGCUAAGUGUCAGAACGGUAGCGAAUUUUAAGGGGCAAAAGAACUCUGGAAAAUAAGAGAGAGAGAAAUAAACAACUACUGCCAGCAGACUACCUAUAGAAUGAAUUAUUAUUUUCUCUGAAAUUGUUCGAAUGUUGUAAAUCUUUAUACUGUGAUGUAAAUAGCUGUGUGAAAUGUAACUGUGGUCCGUGUUUUAAACGGUUUUUAAAACGGGUUUUAAAAAGCAUUUUAAAUUAUGAUUCAAAAUAUUUUAUAGUUUUUUAAAAUAUGUAUUUAUUUAAGCUUAUGCCAUACCUAUUUUGUAUGUGACGUGGCCAGUGCAAAGUUUGAUAAUAAACGUGUUUAUGUUU